CACGUAAAACUACACAAGCAUACAUACGCAUAUAUAUGUUUUAUGUUAAAUGUUUUAACCAUCAAAUCUCAGAAAUCUUUGCAAAUCUCUCUAUCCAAAAUGUGAGAGAGACUAAGCUCUGAGUUGAGUCUCUGUUUGUUAGUAAAUUUGUUGUCUCACUUUCUCAUGUGGGUAUGUCAGCUAAAAGGAAAGUCCUUUAGAUAGAGAGAGAGAAUAUGAGAAAGGGCAUGCUUUUUUCCGUUCAGUGUAGAGUAAUCUUCAAAACCCAGCCUUUCCAGCAAUACCCAGUUGCUACUUGAUCCAAUACCGUUUUUGUCUCCAUCACCUUGAUUGGGACUAUUUAAGCGGUCGCCAUCUUGGGAAAUGCAUCAAAGAGUCCAUACCCAGUUCAAAUCAGCGCUUGAGAAGCAGAUUUGGGAGCACUUCUGAGAUGGGUUUUUGAUUUUGUCUCUGAUCAGUUUGAGUGGGUACCAACUAUUUGUCAAGAAACCAGAAAGAAAUUUUAGGAUUAGUAAAUGCAAGUUCUUGGUGUGAAGAUGAGAGAUUUCCCAUCUUGUUUUGGUGAAAAUGGGGUUCAAGUUGCUGAUUCUUCCUCAUCGAACUCUACUAGGGCUGCCCAGAAUUUAGUUACUUGUGUCUAUCAAUGCCGUUUACGUGGCCGGUCUUGUUUGAUUACUAUCACAUGGAGUAAGAAUUUGAUGGGUCAAGGCCUUGGAGUUGGGAUCGACGAUUCGUCAAAUCAGUGUCUCUGUAAGGUUGAUAUUAAACCCUGGCUGUUCUCCAAGAGAAGAGGAUCCAAGAGUUUAGAAGCCUAUUCUUGUAAAAUUGAUAUAUAUUGGGACCUUUCUUCGGCGAAAUUCGGACCCGGGCCUGAGCCUUUGGAGGGAUUUUAUGUUGCGGUUCUCGUUGAUCGGCAAAUGGUUCUCCUUCUUGGGGAUUUGAGAAAAGAAGCUUUCAAGAAAACUAGUGCCAGCCCCGUGCCUUCUAAUGCUGUUUUCAUUGCGAAGAGAGAGCAUAUUUUUGGCAAGAAAGUGUUCUGUACCAAGGCUCAAUUUUGUGAUAAUGGUCAAAUUCACGAUCUUGUCAUCGAAUGUGACACUUUUAAUGUCAAUGAUCCGUGCCUGGUGAUCCGCGUAGAUAGCAAGCCCGUAAUGCAGGUGAAGCGGCUUCGGUGGAAGUUCCGGGGGAAUCAUACCAUUCUGGUUGAUGGGCUUGCCAUAGAAGUUUUGUGGGAUGUUCAUAAUUGGCUCUUUGGUGCAUCACUUGGAAAUGCUGUUUUUAUGUUCCAGACAUGCCUCUCGGCUGAGAAGUUAUGGGCUAGCCAGCCCCUUGCCGAUCCAAGUCUAAUGCCAUUGUCUUUCUCGCAGAGAUUUUCAGAUUCUAAAUCACAAUGUCUAGGUUUCUCGCUGAUUUUGUAUGCUUGGAAGAAUGAAUAGAGAGAUUUAAUAGAUUCUUCAUUGAGUGCUAACAGAAGCUUUUAGUGAGUGUUGAUUUUUAUAAACUCUGUGAUCGGAUUUCACUAAAUUUAAUUACAUGGUCCAUUUCUUUUCUUCUUGUCCUUUUCCCUCUUCCGUGACAUGAACCAUUCAUAGAUUAGAGAUAAUUUUGAUAUUACUUGGCUGUAUAUCCUUCCUACAU